UAAUCGCAUGAAUUCUGGAAGGAAUCUGCGCGUGCUACAUAGAAGCCAAGUCUGAAAGUCGAAAAUUAGUCCCUCGCAGAUGUCCGUAGCGGUCCCACAACCCGCUACCUAUUGCUAUCCUGGUUCUAGUGUAGAUCGUGAACCCGGUCGCUGAUAAAAUACCAAAUAUUCCUUGGCGCUCCGCGAUCCUGUCCCUGGUCUUUAAGCCAUCAAGCGUCUUCUCCAACGUAGCAUCAGAAGCAUAUAUACUGAAGGAGUACAUCUUAAAUAAGUUUUUGUUGCUGGAAUAUGUUUCGUUUUAUAGGUCUGAUACAGCGGUCAGAAAUUCUUUAACUACCCCCUAUAUAUCCGAGAUGAGUAGCAGUAUUCGAAGCUCGAUCCUUAAGCAUUGGAGAAAUAGUAGUAUCUCUCUUGGUCGCAGCGGAAGUAAGAAGGAAAAAGGCGAGGAUAAAACUGCAAAGAGACAGUCCACCCAUGUCGUUGUCACCCCUCUCAGCACGACCGAGUCUCCCGAAUCACUAGCAGAAGUAAUGGACACCGAAGUCCACGAGAAGCGAAUAGAUACUAGUGCAACGACAAUGAGUGAGGCAACACUCCCGUCAAAGGGCAUUAGCCUCCACAUAACAGUACACAUUGCACCCGAGAACGUCGAGAGGUUUUUGGUUGCAUUCAAGGCUAUCUUCGACAGCGUGGCCGCCGAGCCCGAAUGUCUUUUCUUCGAAGUUUAUAAAUCCGUAGAAGAGCCUGGGAAGUUAAGCUGGAUCGAAAACUGGUCAAAGGAUAUACAAUGGUUCCUAGAGCACCAAAUAACCAAGCCGUACUACAAGGAGUACCUGGAGUUUACCGAGCCCAUGUUUAUUAAGCCACGGGAAGCUCGCAUCUUGGAACCCCUAGGUCCCGAAUUCUCUAUGGUUAAGGGGGGCUGAUGGGGGCUUUGAUAUUAGUUCAGUUGUAGUUUGACCACGACGAUAAUUCACGCCGAUGAUGCCAUACCAUAUUUAAUACCCGCAUCUGAAGAUAGAAAUUCUUAAUCACUCUGGG